AUCCCCAUCAUAUGCAAGGAUGAUUCACAAUAGCAUCUUAGUCUAUUUUUAUUGGUUCAUGUGAAUUUUCUCUCCUGGGCUCCACACUCAGGGCUUUUGGACGAGCUUCAGAAUCCAAGAACUCGAGGUCCUUGCCAGGCUGCUGCUACUCAACACCACCUCAUCCUCUUGAUCGAUAUCAUGGAGAAUCCAGUUCCUUACAAAAGCUCAAAACUACCUGUCUUGGAGUCAACUAUGUUCUACGAGCCAGUUACCGUCUCUGACGCCCCAGCCCUUGGCUUUCCCCGCUUCCCCGACUUCCCCACAGAAUUGCGCCUCAUGAUCUGGAGAUUCGCGAUCCCAGUAGGCUUCAGCAACCACCCAAUCAGCGUCAAACCGUACUCCUACACCUAUCGAGACCGCCGAACACCACCAAAAACCAUAUCCAUCAAUAGAGAAAGCCGGAACGAAACCCUCAGGUAUUUCCGUCGUCUGGAGCUGCGAGCAGCUGAGAUAUCGGACUCGGUUAGGCCAAGGCAUAACCCUGGAUGGCUGCGCCAUUAUCCUACUCACUUCAUUCUCUGGGAUAACACUACCGAUGUUUUAACGCUUGAUUGGUGGUGCUUGGGCUCCAGGGUCACGGAUGUCGUCAAGUAUCUGAACCUUGAGCCAUUCGUCGACCAAGAGAAAGGUAAUAUCAGCUGCGUCCAAUUUCUCGAUAUCGAUACCCAAGCCUGUCACCGUCAGGUUGGGUCGCAUCAACUCUCGAGCUUCCUUGGUCGAGUUCUCGGAACCCACGUUAUCGAAGCCAUUGAGAAGAAAUUGUGGUAUUUUGUCGGGCUAAAGGAGGUGCGAUUGACCAUGUGGGAUCUGCGUCGUUCUUAUGAUGAAGAGAAGUAUUUUAUGGGCGUGUUUGAGGAUUGCUUUAAAAAAAUUGCGAAAGACAACCCGGGAUAUUGCAUCCCGUUGGUCUCGUUAGUGCCGGAGUUUGAAAAUGAUGCUAGGAGGUUGCUGAGGUGACUUAAGUUACAGACGCGGGCAGUGCAGAAGCAGAAGUUGAAAUCUGUGCUUUUAAAUGUUCUUAAUCGAAUGGGACAUUCAAAAGUCGUUCUUCUUGGAUGUUCCACGAUUAACAAGUAUAAUGGGAGCGCGAUGUUCUGAAAGUACUUCAUUUGCUU